UGAUGUCAUGUAUAAUGUGGCAUCGGAUACCGGUGUCUCUGGCUUACAUACGUCCUCCGGCAUAUGCAUGAUACAUACGGAUGCUCGAAGACUAAAGACACUUGAUUUAUUUUACUCCAUACCAUUUUUUCAACAGCAGCAUCUCUGCGGAAGAUGUUCGAGGCCAAUGGGCCAUCUGCUUUCUGAGGACACUAGACAAAGUCGUAGUUGUCUUUAUCUUCGUCGCCGGAAUCAACAAUAUUUCAAUAAUAUAUUUACACACACAUAUGUUCUACAUUGAUAUGUACGUAUAAAUGAAGAUGAGACGCAACCACCACCCCCGUGUCGUUUCUUAUUGCGUUGUCAAGUCUCCCAGCGAGACUUACCAUACCAGGGCAUACUCAGUUUGUAAUUGGCGGUUGAUACUAGCACGUGUUGAAUUGUAUCGCUCUAGUUUCUUAUACUCAGCAAGAUAUCUGAGUCUUUAUCUAGUUUUUUUUACUGUCUUACUUUGAAAUUAGUUCUCCGCCUGACAGUGUCCUGGUUUAGUUUCAUCAAGAAAUAUGUCGUAUAAUCGACAGUUCCUUUUUUUUCUUCUCAACUUCUUCAUUACCUACCAAGGUAAUUAUGCGCAAUCAAAGAGCGGCUCGCCGUUUAAAAAAUGCUGCGAUCUCGGAACUUCUUGGGCUAAAGAAGGCUUGAGGUGCGAGAAAUUUGCAGGGCCUGUUGCAGAUGUACCCAGAGCUCAGCAAGCACUUUGUCUCGAAGCUGUAGACAUCUGCUGCAACCGCGGUAACCAUGAAAUAAGUUGUGACAAGGGCAAAAAGAGUGCACGUGAAGGAAAGGCUUGCGUUGAUGGUAGUUCCGGUAAAUCAAGGGCUGCAAGAGCGCUGGGAGAUUAUCAGCGAGACUGUUGUGAAGGCUGUAAACUUGGUAUACUUACCGGGUCUUUGGGACAAGGAUGUGCGUUAAACGAUUUUUCAUUCGGUGUUCCUUGGGAUCCGGCUUUUCUCGAAUGUUGUCGUGAAACAUCUUCUACUACGACACCUCCCACUACAGAAACAGAAAGUACUCCUAGUUUGGAAGUAACUUCCAAAUCAACUGAUGAUGAUAAUUCUACUGAUGCUACCAGCAAAACUAAAAGUACAGCAAUUAGCUCAUCAACAACUUCAAGUGAUAAUACCAGUAAAACUAAAAGUACAGCAAUUAGCUCAUCAACAAGUUCAAGUGACACUACUAGUAAAACUAAAAGUACAGCAAUUAGUUCAUCAAGUUCAAGUUCAACCACAGAUAUAGAUUUCGACGUUAUGUUUCCCGAUGAUAGCACUGAUUUAACAGAUUCUUCUUCAUUGACCACGACUUCAGACGAUGGAAUACCUACACCUCCGCUCGAUGACAUCUGUCAGAUCCUGAAAAAUCUCCUCUGCUCGCAUAUCUGUGUCCCUACCCCAGGGUCUUAUUAUUGUGAAUGUCCGAAAGGCUAUGUUCUUCUUGAAGAUCAGAAAACCUGCAGAACAGAUGGUCCAAUAAAUCGAUGUGAAUCAGACAAUCCAUGUGAGCAUCGAUGCACCGAUACAGGGACAGCAGUGAAAUGUGAAUGUGAUCCAGGGUUUGAAUUAGCAAAGGAUGGUCAUUCAUGUCAACUAAAGCCGACGGAGGUGAUUACAUCUACUCCAAAGUCUCGAGAUAAGCCCAAGGAUAAAAAGAAACCACGCUGUCCGCCUGGUUAUCGAUUUAAUGCCAGCGCUCGUGUUUGCGAUGACGUCGAUGAAUGUCUGGAAAACCCUUGCCGUGCGAGAGAAAAAUGCGAGAAUGUCGUCGGGUCUUAUAUCUGUAUAUCGAAGAAGCGAAGAUUUAAAUCAAAGUUCAAGGGUCAAGAGGCUCAAUUGGACUUUAAAGAAUCUUGCCCUCCAGGUUACGUGUGGGAUAAACAAUUUCAAGUUUGCUCUGACAUCGAUGAAUGUGCAGAUCAAAUAAACGUACUGCCAUGCCCAAUUGACACUCAUUUUUGCGUUAACACAGAAGGAAGUUACGCUUGUCAUGAACUAACAGAAUCAAAGGGUUGCCCAGCUGGAUUUAAACUCGACAUCACUAGAAAAACAUGCCAAGACGUUGAUGAGUGCUUGGAAGGUCUUCACGGUUGUCUUCCUGAAGUCGAAGAAUGUAGAAACACCGAGGGUGCUUACGAAUGUGACAUAUUGUGUCGCAAAGGCUAUACAUUCAGUCGCGGCUUAGGCAUUUGCGUCGAUAUAAAUGAGUGCGAAGAAUUAAAUCCUUGUCCAAGAGAAAAAUCUAUUUGCAUAAAUCUCCCGGGGACUUAUCAGUGUGGAGGUCGUUUUGCCGAAGAAUUUGAAGAAGAAAAAAAUUUAGAAGAUAAUGAAGUUGCAGAUGAUCAGUUUGAGACUGAUAAAAUAGAUGAAAGUUAUCUAGUAAAUGACGAAAAUAAAUCAUCGAAUAUUUCAGUAUCGUCAGCUUUAAUCGCAUGUGAACCAGGCUACCAAUGGAUUGAUAACAAUUGUUACGACUUGAAUGAAUGUACCGACGGCCCGGGAUGUCAAGAACACGAGCGUUGUGUAAAUCGUCUUGGUGGUUACGAUUGCUUGCCUCUUUGCAGCGCUGGCUGGUACUUUGACCGUACAAGUAAGCAGUGUCGUGACGUUGAUGAAUGUCUUCUAGGUAGACACAAUUGCUCCCAGGAUAGUCAAGUUUGUCGCAAUACUAAUGGCUCUUAUGUUUGCGAUGAAAUUCUUCCAUGCGAUUCAGGAUUCCGUCGAGCCUUUAAUGGAACUUGUGUUGAUAUUGACGAGUGCAUUGAUAAAUUACACAAUUGUCCGCUGCAUUUACAUCAGUACUGUGUCAAUCGUGUAGGUACUUUUGAGUGCGUUACUCGUCUUCCCGACUGCACGGAUGGCUAUAGGUUUUCUAUGACUAGUAAAAAAUGUGAAGACAUUGAUGAAUGCAGUACCAAGUCACCGUGCGAUGCUAAACAAGAAAGAUGUGUCAAUUUACCCGGAUCAUAUCGUUGCGACAGACCUAAUUUACCCAUUCCAAAAAGACGGCCUGCUUGCCCUGCGGGGUUCAGAUAUGACUCUAAAUCACGUCAAUGUGAAGACAUUGACGAAUGUGCGGGUCAAGUAAAUUUGUGCGGAGCAGAAGUAUGCUAUAAUCAACCAGGAGGUUACACAUGUGUGCGAGCUCCUACUCCUAUAACGGAGCCAACAACCCAAGACGAUAGUGAAAUUCAAUCAACCGUAAGACCAGAUGAUACUAAAACCUGUUCAGAAGGUUUUAAAAACGUAAGAAAUCGUGGUUGUCUGGAUAUAAAUGAAUGCGAUGAAGUUGAAGAGGCUUGUAGCAGCAAUGAAGAGUGUGUUAAUACCAUUGGAAGUUACACAUGCAACUGUCGGAUAGGUUUUCGACGAGAUAAUUUAACUCAGGCAUGUGUAGAUAUUAAUGAAUGUCAGCUGCUGGAAAAUGAUUGCCUGCCAACUCAGCGAUGCGAUAAUACACUUGGUAGUUACAACUGCGUGAGAUUUUUACCAUGCGGAACUGGUUAUACCUUGAAUGCCGCUACGGAAAUAUGCGAGGACGACGAUGAAUGUCUUCUCGGAACUCACGAUUGUGGUGAAGGAUAUCAUUGUCGCAAUACGCUUGGAUCUUAUCGUUGCGAUAGAAAUCUAAGAGGUCAAACUUGGACAACACGACGACCACCCGUAACUACAUCAACUACUUUAGCUCCAAUAAAAGCAUUAACAACACCAACAGCGCCAACAAUAAUCACAACGACAUCACCAAGACCUGCACCAACACGACCAAGAGUAACUCCAACAAGAGUAACACCAACAAGAUUAACACCAACACAAUCAUCUGAAAUACAAGGAACAGCAGUAACAUCAGUAAAUACACCAGUAAUUGGAUCGCGCAAUCAACCAGAACAGCAUUCUUGUCCACGGGGAUUUGAACCAGGAUCAAGUGGCCAGUGUAUUGAUAUUGACGAAUGUUACGGACCAUCGAACCCAUGCGCCCGUUCACCUCUUCAGCGAUGUAUCAACACCGUAGGCUCUUACCGGUGCGUCUCUCGAGUAAUUUGUGGAGCUGGAUGGACCUUGGAUUCUGUUACCUCGCGAUGUGUAGAUCUAGAUGAGUGUGCUACGGGUACACAUGAAUGCGGACCUGAUCAAACAUGCGAGAACCGACAAGGUGGAUAUUUGUGCUCCUGCCCGGCUGGACACGCUCUCGGGCCCAAUCGAGAGUGCAUUGACAUUGAUGAAUGCAGUAUGUUUAGCGGCAAUGUCUGCGGGAGCGGUGGACGUUGUGAAAAUACCGUUGGCUCGUAUCGGUGUGUCUGUGAUACGGGUUACGAGAAAUCUUCCAAGGGCACUGCCUGUCAAGACACAAAUGAAUGCGAAAAAUCUCCGGGAAUAUGCCAACACAACUGUGUUAAUACUUGGGGCAGCUACCGGUGCAGUUGUAAGCCAGGGUACCGGCUUCAUUCUGACAAUAGGUCUUGCACUGAUGUCGAUGAAUGUACUGAGUUUAAAGAAAAUAAUCUUUGUGUUGGGAUUUGCGAUAAUACACCUGGCAGUUAUUCCUGUCGGUGUCCUGAGGGUUACAGACUUGGCAGUGAUGCUAGAACGUGUCAAGAUAUCGAUGAAUGUGCAAAUGGGCGUAUGUGUCGUGAACCUGAGGAAAUAUGUCAAAAUACACGUGGGAGUUUUCGAUGCAACAAAAUUAACUGUCCGCCUGGUUAUCAUCAGGAUCCUUCGAGAAUUAAUCGAUGCGUACGUUCGUCACGUUAUUGCCCAAGCGGAGAUCUUGCUUGUUUCCGAUCACCCGCUCAUUAUUCUUUUAACUUUAUCACCUUCGUUAGCAUGUUUCCGCUACCACCAACUAGCCAGCUAGAAUUAUUUACAAUGCGUGGUACUCACUUACCCGGAUCAGUUGUCAGAUUCAGCAUGGCAUUCAAUGAAGCCCGAGCACCACCAGGAGUUAUGCGUGCUACUGAAUCUUGCUUUGCUCUGCGUAGACCCACUCCUUCUCAAGCAGUUCUGGUACUCACACGCGUUCUGCCUGGACCACAAGAGAUCGAGCUGGACCUCAGCAUGGAAAUAUAUCACAAUAAUGCUUUUGCUGGUAGCGCAGUUGCGAAACUCUUUAUUUUUGUAACAGAGUAUGAAUUCUAAAUGUGAUUUUAUAUUAAUGAAAGGUAAUAUGUAAUAAAUAAAAACAAACAAUUGACUAUUUGAGAUCGUUGUAAUUAUAACGACAGCUUUGCUGUGUUAAAGUACACGGGUGAAUUAUUUUUUUCAUGUACAUGUGGAAAAAAAUUAUGUAAAAAACAAAAAAAAUUAAUUAAUUAACUAUAAAUAAAUAUACGUAAUAUACUUCAUAACAAUCGACGUGUACAUAUAUCUAAAUCGGUAAAUUUUGUACACUUUAAUAAGAUUAUUUUAUAAUCUGACAUAAAUUGUGCAGAUAACAUACCAUUUUUUCACAGUAUCACCAUAAUAAUUCAAUAACAAACAUUAUAAAAUGACUUGUUAAAUAAUAAUGAAAAUAAUAAUAUUAAUAAUAAUAAUAAUCACAGCAAUAACGACGUAUGUUUGAAACAAAAAAAUUAAAGGCCAGAGGAUACAAAAUUACCCUGUCUCGAAAAAAAAAAAAAAAAAAAAAAAAAAAAAUUUAUAAUUUGGUCAUCAAAAAAUUAAAUUUCUCUUCUAU